CGGCAAAUGAGUGAGACCUAUUUAUCCAUCGAAAUUGAAGUUACUUUUUGUUAGCCGGUGUCUGUCACACGCGCUCUGUUUAGUUAAGUGGUUACGGAUGCGACUCAUCAAUCCUAGAGACACAGCAACAGGGCAUAGUACAGGAUGCCGCUGAUCACAUCAGCCCAGCGCAUGGGGAGCCACGACUAAAACCCGCUCACCGCAACGCGGAAAAUACUUAGACAGGAGAAUGCGAAUGGUUCGGUGGGAGAGAAUUCAAAUAAAAUGGAAACAAUGUAGCUUCAUUGCCGCAUUCCAUAUAGCUUGGAGGAAUAGGGUAGAAAAUAGAUAGCUAGUUAUCAAGCUUAUUUACCGCCAUACAUGCAAAGUUACUCAUCACUGAAGCUCAACCAGCCUGUAGUUGGCUGAAACAAAAGGAACUGCAGUUCAAUAGUGUCUUCAGAUACCAAAGAAGACAGAAGAAAAGACAUGCUACGAAGGAGGCUGAAUCGCUUGCUCGGCGGGGAUGAGAACAGGGUGGACAGCAGGACUAUCUAUGUGGGGCAUCAACCGUGUUCAGCCACAGAAGGCUUCACCCCCCCCAAAUUCUGUGACAACAGAAUAGUGUCUUCCAAGUACACUUUAUGGAAUUUUCUGCCAAAGAAUCUGUUUGAGCAGUUCAGAAGAAUCGCCAAUUUUUAUUUCCUGAUAAUAUUUCUGGUGCAGGUCAUAGUGGACACCCCAACCAGCCCAGUCACCAGCGGCUUACCCUUGUUUUUUGUGAUCACAGUAACAGCCAUUAAGCAGGGCUAUGAGGACUGGCUGCGGCACAAGGCAGACAACGAGGUGAAUAAGUACCCAGUCAGAGUGCUGGAGGACGGCCGACAAACUAGCAAGGAGAGUGAGAAAAUCAAGGUUGGUGACAUAGUGGAAGUAAUAGAGGAUGAGACCUUUCCCUGUGACCUCAUCCUGCUGCAGUCCAGUCGAGAGGAUGACACCUGCUUCGUCACCACCGCCAGCCUGGACGGCGAGUCCAACCAUAAGACACAUUACACGGUGCCAGACACAGAGAAGGAUCUGGAAUCACUCAGCGCUACCAUUGAGUGUGAACAGCCCCAACCUGACCUCUACAAGUUUGUGGGACGUAUGCAUAUCUACAAACCUGAUCAGGACCCGUUAGUCAGAUCUUUGGGCCCAGAGAACCUUCUUUUGAAAGGUGCUACUUUGAAAAACACCAAGAAGAUUUAUGGUGUGGCGGUGUACACGGGCAUGGAGACUAAAAUGGCGCUAAACUACCAGGGCAAGUCUCAGAAACGUUCGGCCGUAGAGAAGUCCAUCAACGCGUUCCUGUUGGUCUACCUGUGUAUCUUGGUCAGUAAAGCUUUGGUGUGUACCUCGCUCAAGUACUGGUGGCAGAGUAGGGACGGUCAGGAUGAGCCGUGGUACAACCAGAAGACGCAAAAGGAGAAAGACACCAACAUGUACCUUAAGAUGUUUACAGACUUCCUCUCCUUCAUGGUGCUCUUCAACUUCAUCAUCCCCGUCUCCAUGUACGUUACCGUAGAGAUGCAGAAGUUCUUGGGCUCCUUCUUCAUCUCCUGGGACAAGGACUUCUUUGAUCCGGAGAUCCGCGAGGGAGCGCUGGUCAAUACGUCUGACCUCAAUGAGGAGCUGGGUCAGGUGGAAUACGUUUUCACAGACAAGACGGGGACGCUAACCCAAAACAACAUGGAGUUUAUCGAAUGCUGCAUAGACGGAUUUCAGUACAAAUACAGGGACUCCAGAACCGAGCUGGACGGAUUCUGCGUCACAGACGGACCAGUCAGCAAACUACAGCAGAAAGCUGGCAGGGAGAAGGAGGAACUGUUCCUGCGAGCGCUGUGUUUAUGUCACACAGUUCAGGUGAAAGAGGCGGGGUCACAGGUGGACGGCGAUCAGGUGGACGGUUUGGAUCAUCUGAAUCCUCAUCCCGAGGAAGAGGAGAGAGGUUUCAUCGCCUCCUCCCCGGACGAGGUGGCGCUGGUCAAGGGAGCCAUGAAAUAUGGCUUUACCUUCCUGGGUUUGGAGAGCAAAAACAUGAAGAUAAGAAACAGACAAAAUGAUGUUGAAGAAUAUGAGCUGCUUCACGUACUAAACUUUGACCCAGUCCGUCGGCGAAUGAGUGUCAUUGUUAAGUCAAAAGCUGGGGAGACGCUGCUCUUCUGUAAGGGAGCCGAUUCCUCCAUUUUCCCCCGGGUCAGGCAGGAGGAGGUGGAACGUAUUCGCAUGCACGUGGAGCGCAACGCCACGGAGGGCUACCGGACGCUGUGCGUGGCCUUUAAGCAGCUGAGCGCGGAGGAGUUCGCUCUGGCGGACGCCGAGCUCAGGGAGGCGCGUCUGGCCCUGCAGGACAGAGAGGAGAAACUCAUGGCUGUUUAUAACCAGGUGGAGACAGGGAUGAGCCUGAUAGGAGCCACUGCCGUGGAGGACAGACUGCAGGAGGAGGCAGCGGAGACGAUGGAGGCUCUACAGGGAGCCGGCAUGAAAGUCUGGGUCCUCACGGGAGACAAGAUGGAGACGGCCAAGUCCACCUGCUACGCCUGCCGUCUUUUCCAGAGGGGCACGGAGCUGCUGGAGCUGACGGUGCGCACCCUGGAGGAGGGAGGCAGGAAGCGCGAGGAGAGACUCCACGAUCUGCUGCUGGAGUAUCACAGGAGGGCGGUGCAGGACGCACCUCCCGUCAAGGGAGGAGUCACAAGGAGCUGGUCCACGGCAAACCAAGACUACGGUUUCAUCAUAGAUGGGGCAACGCUGUCCUUAAUAAUGAACCCAUCUCUGGAUGCCAGCUCCAGUCGCCAUAAGAACCUGUUCCUACAGAUCUGUCAAAACUGUACCGCUGUCCUGUGCUGUCGAAUGGCUCCGCUCCAGAAAGCUCAGAUAGUGAAGAUGGUGAAGAACUCCAAGGGCUCUCCCAUCACCCUGUCUAUCGGUGACGGAGCUAAUGAUGUCAGCAUGAUUCUCGAAGCCCACGUGGGCAUCGGUAUCAAGGGGAAAGAGGGGCGGCAGGCGGUGAGGAACAGCGACUAUGCCAUCCCGAAACUAAAGCACUUAAAAAAACUGCUGUUGGCGCACGGGCACCUCUACUACGUCCGCAUCGCCCACCUCGUGCAGUACUUCUUCUACAAGAACCUCUGCUUCAUUUUACCUCAGUUCUUGUACCAGUUCUUCUGCGGUUACUCCCAGCAGCCCCUGUACGACGCAGCCUAUCUGACGAUGUACAACAUCUGCUUCACCUCCAUGCCCAUCCUGGCCUACAGCCUUCUGGAGCAACACAUAACUAUAGAAGUCCUGCUGGACAAUGCUACCCUCUACAGGGAGGUAGCUAAAAAUGCUAUGCUACGCUGGGGUCCCUUCUUGUACUGGACUGUACUUGGCGUCUUCCAGGGUCUUCUCUUCUUCUUUGGUGCCUGGUUCCUGUUCAGCAACCCAGCACUGCAGGACAAUGGCCAGGUUUUUGGAAAUUGGUCCUACGGCACGAUAGUUUUUACCGUCCUUGUUUUCACCGUCACACUAAAGCUCGCCCUGGACACGCGCCACUGGACGUGGAUCAACCACUUUGUCAUCUGGGGUUCGCUGGCUUUCUAUGUCUUCUUCAGUUUCUUCUGGGGAGGAAUUAUAUGGCCGUUCCUGAAACAGCAGCGUCUGUAUUUUGUGUUUGCUAACAUGCUGAGUUCGGUGUCGGCCUGGCUGGUCAUUAUCCUCCUCAUCCUCCUCAGUCUCAUGCCCGACAUCCUGUUGGCGGUCCUUCGUCGCCCAAAAAGUCCCCGCGCACGCCAGAAGAUUCCGGGUCAGUCAAGUGCAGGGGGCACCCAGUCUUCCCGAUCUUCAGCCAGGCCCCUCCUCAUGAGAACCUUUUCAGACGAGUCCAAUACUGUCAUUUGAACAGCUGUCAGAGGACUCCCUUCUUCACACGCCCAGAUCACUGCUGUCACGCCGCUGUCCUACAAACAUCUGAUGGAGCGCCACUGAGGGGAGCG